AUGGAUCAAGAAAACAGAAAGAAACGAACCCGGGAUGAGUUGGGCGUCUCGAGUUCCGAUUCUCCCGAAGUUAAACUAGCUCGGGUUGACUCGGAGGCUAACUCGCCCCUUCUGGAACCUGACCGAGAUGAACUGGUUGAGGUCCGUGAAGAUUUGCUCAGCAUCUUUGAUGAUUCAGAUGAGCCAGUCGUUCAGGGGCUGGAAUCGGUUAUAAAAAGUUUUGAAGAGGAGAUUCACGUAGGGGUUCCGGUUCCGGAUAUGUUGUCAGAUUCUGGUGGUUCCCAAACGGACCUUGGUUACCUCCUAGAGGCCUCGGAUGACGAGCUUGGCUUGCCGCCGACGUUUGCUUUUGGCGAGGAGAAAGACGCCGCCGCUGUCGCCGUUUUGCCAGCGGAGGAGGAGGGACCUGGAACUGUUGGUUUUGUUGAGAUGCUAGGGUUUCAGGAUGAGAUACCGAGUUAUGACUCAUUUGAGUUUGGGCUCGUUGGUAACACGGAAGGAAAUCAUAAUUAUUGUGAUAAUAACGGAGAUUUUGUGGCGUUAGGUGGGUUGUUUGAUUAUACGGACGAGAACUCGGCACCGGCCGAUAUUUCGGGAUUGCUGUGGCAGCCCGAGUUAUCGGCUUUGUGA